AUAUGUGUGUAUUUGUAUACAGUGGAAUGGAUCGCUACAGAUAUUUCAUCUUCAACCAGAGAAACAUGGUGGUAUUGGGGCUAUUCCAGAUAGUUUGUGCUACAGUUUGUACCAUCAGUGGAUUAAUAGAAGGUGCUUUCAGAAAGGAAUCAGCAUUGAGUAAAUCUAAGAUACCCAUUUGGGCUGGAGUGUUUAUGAGCAUUCCUGGAAUUAUGGCUUUAUAUUCAUCUCAAAAAAAGAAUCCAGUUCUGGUGAAUGCCAUGAUAACUGCGUCUGUAUUUACCUGUUUCACCACUUUAACUGUAAUAAUUUAUGCUUCUAUGACAUUAGAGUAUGGUGAAAAAUAUGAGGGGUUCAGUGAUGUGUCCUCUAAUCACCCAGCCAUCCUGCAGGUAUUGGUGCUGGGUAAACUGGUUCAAGGAGCUAACAUUACAAUGAUGAUUUCAUCAAUUUUUAGUAUAUUUAUUGUACUGAUGAUUGUGUAUGUCAGCUGCCGAAGUCUUCCAUGUUGUUCGUGCUAUGACAGUAUCACUGGACUUGAGCAACUAAAAAGUAAUGAAGACCAGUUACAAACUACAGAAUUAGUCUGCCUUUCACCUGAUCAAGAGGACAAAAUUUUUAAUUCUCCAGUAAAACUUGCACAACUAAAUGCAGAAACAGAUAAUGAAAUAAGUGAACCUCCUCCAUACAUCAGGCUCACUUAGAAACAAAUGCGAGAAGGAUGUCAUGUAAGAUGCCUUAGCC